UUACUUCCUUCUUGUGCAAGGGUGAUGUACUGCAAUAGUUUUGACAUCUAAAAAUAUACUUUUUCUUUCUUUAUUGUCGAUGCGUGCGUUUAUACAGUUAUAACAUAUAUUGUGUGUUUUUUUAAUUAUAUUAUAUACAUUUUAUGAAUUGUUAAUUAGGCGAUAAUAUUGUUUUUAUGGAUGCAGUUUACUAAAGUAGUCCUUUAAAGAUCUCGUAGUUAGUUGCUGUAAUGGCGGCCGUGUCAUGAAGAUACCAGUUAAUGACAAGUGCGGUGGGCCUACAAUGGAAGAGAGUUCGCCUUCUCAAAAUCACAACGGACAAUUAGGAACAUCAACUAGUGGAAUUAAUGCUGGUAACAAGCCUAGUGAUGAGAGUAAUCAAAGAAUACAAUAUUCCAUCCCAGGAAUAUUACACUUCAUCCAGCACGAAUGGGCACGGUUCGAGAUGGAGAGAUCCCAAUGGGAAGUCGAUAGAGCCGAAUUGCAGGCAAGGAUAGCAUUUCUUCAAGGAGAGAGGAAGGGUCAGGAGAAUCUGAAGAAUGACUUAGUUCGACGGAUUAAAAUGUUGGAAUAUGCUUUAAAACAAGAAAGGGCCAAGUUUCACAAGCUAAAGUACGGCACAGAACUAAACCAAGGUGACAUGAAGCCUCCGGUCCUGGAUGAGCCUGGGGUCCCAGAGGUUCAGGUGGAUGAGGAGGCACCUUUCACGUCUGUCAACAAUAUCACUUGGAAACAGGGACGUCAGCUUCUCAGGCAAUAUCUACAAGAAAUAGGUUAUACAGAUACAAUAAUAGAUGUAAGGUCCAAUCGUGUGCGGUCUCUAUUGGGUCUCAACAAUAACGAAGAAACUGUCAGUGAUCGAGUGCGUGAACCCUUCAAUGCUAAACGUAGUAUAGAGAAUGAAGGGAGAAGGACACCAGCAAAAAAGGUGCAGUCUAGUGCACUAGCAGAAGCCAUGAUCCUGGAGACAGAAGCUGCAGUCAUGGCCAACUUUGAGUUUCUGUCUCAGGCUGACGUAGAGAUGGACGAGGAUGAUGAUAUUUGUGACGAGUUGGAUGAUACUCAGGACAUGGACGAGCAGGACGAGAUCACAGCUCCUAAGUCAAGACGCAAGGCAAGGCCCAAGCUGGAACCAGAUGAUGUUGAUGCGGAUGCAGAAGAAUUCCUAAAUGAAUUAAAUCUCUUGUCAGAUGUUCCCGUAGUAUAUCCAGGCCAAGAAAAUGCCAGAAGAGGUAUGCCAGAAGAAGAGGAGGAGGGGAUUGGGAUUAUCUCAGAGAGUACCCUGGGUCUGGGGGAGUUGGCAAGACUGACUGUAAACAAUGAAGCGGAAGCUGCGUACGAUUUACCGUCAACAAAGGAGUCAUUACGCAAGACGUGGAAUGCAAAAUACACUCUGCGGAGUCACUUUGACGGUGUUCGAGCUUUGGCCUUCCAUCCUGUUGAGCCGGUUCUCAUCACGGCCAGUGAAGACCACACACUGAAGCUGUGGAAUCUGCAGAAGACUGUUCCUGCCAAAAAGUCUGCGUCUCUAGAUGUGGAGCCGUUGUACACAUUCAGGUGUCACACCGGGCCUGUGCUGUGCUUGGCUAUGAGUGCGUCAGGGGAACAAUGCUUCAGUGGAGCAACAGAUGCUGCCAUCCACUGUUGGAACCUUCCCUCAGCCAACAUCGACCCCUACGAUUCGUUUGAGCCCAGUGUACUACACAGUAGUCUGUUGGGUCACACAGACGCAGUAUGGGGGCUGAGUAUCCACACCCAGCGAGCUCAGUUGCUCUCUUGUUCAGCUGACUCAACCGUCAAGCUAUGGGCACCCCAGAACGCCAAACUCCUCGCCACCUACACUUCAGAACAAGAUGGUGUCCCUACGUCUGUGGACUUUGUGCGGGAUGAGGCGGACAAGAUGGUGGCAGCCUACAACUCAGGCGACUGUGUGCUGUUUGACCUUGAGACUGCCAAGCCUGUCAUUAGGCUUGAGUCUUCACAAGACAGUGUGUUGGGGCGCCAAAUCAACAGGGUAGUGUGCCAUCCCACACUGCCUCUCACAAUGACAGCUCACGAGGACAGGCACAUCAGAUUCUUUGACAAUACCACGGGCAAAAUAGUCCACUCAAUGGUAGCCCACUUGGAUGCUGUUACCAGCCUUGCUGUCGACCCUAAUGGCCUCUACCUUCUCUCUGGAAGCCAUGACUGCAGUAUUCGGCUGUGGAACCUGGACAACAAGACAUGUGUACAGGAAAUCACAGCUCAUCGCAAGAAGUUUGACGAAUCAAUCCUAGAUGUAGCCUUCCACCCAUCACGGCCCUAUAUCGCCAGUGCAGGUGCAGAUGCCCUAGCCAAGGUCUUCGUCUAGCUAUAUUCUGGUUAGAUCACAUCUGGUUCCGGCCCCAGAAACUGUACUUCUCACAGACUGUUUGCCACAGGCGAGUGAGCUGCGUAUGAUGGUGUGGCCCAAGUGUAAAGUAUACUAACCCAAAAUGCAUUAAGAAAGUCUAAAAGUUGAACUGAAUAGAAUAUUAUGGUUUUUAACACAAAAAAUGUGUCUAAUUUGAGAGUAAAAUUCUAUCUACUGCUAUUCACUGUGGUAUGUAACCUACAAUAUAUAGACUAAAAGCAUUGAGCGGAAAAAGUAUACUUUUAUUGAAACCAUUUUUGAAAUCUCUUUUUAGUAUUCAAUUCUAUUUACAUAGUCCUGGUAUGACAUAAAACUGAUCUUUUACUAAAUAUUUUGUGUUAGAAACAGUAUAAUUAUUGUAGAGUUUGAAAAUAUAAUCUCGGAUGUAUAGCAUAACGGAGUCAUGUUGCAUUGUUAUGUAACUGGAAUUAACUAAUGAGUUCUGAAGUACUACUUAAAAAUAAUGCUUGGGUUAGUCUAGUUUUUACUUUCGGGCAUCAAAAUGUCAAGCUCAGGUAGCAUAGUUUUGUCAGGUAUAUUCAAUUAAAAAUGUGUUAAUAUCCCAUUUGUUACAAAAUAAAUUGAAAUGUGUCCAUAAAUAUAAUUUAUAACAGUGUGUAAAUGCAAAAGUUCAGAAUUGGUUGAAAAAUUUGUUAGGCAUGUUAAGGGAAUAAAAAAGGAAUGGCUUUCAUGAUUUAUUGCUUGUAAAUUAAGAUCUCAGUAAAUCAAACAGGAAGCCUACAUUUUAUGUCUUGUGGUUUUAUCUAUAGAUGAAAUAUUAUUUCUUCUGUCCUAUUUUUGCAUUUGCGUUAUGAACUGCCACAUUUUCAUAAACUGUAGACAAUACAACUACAAUUAUAUUACAGUGUUGAAGUACGUAUAAUUUUGAAGUUUGCGUAAAAAUGCUUGUAAUGAAACAAAGUGAAUGUAUCCUCAGUAUCAUGAAUGGCAUAUUAUAUAAAUAACAACAUUUCAUAAAGCACCCUUUUUAAAUAAAAUGAAAGCUAUUUUGUAUUAAGUAAAAAUAUGGAAAACACAGGAUUACUUUUGAAUUCAAAGUGCAAAGUAGCAGUAAUUAUAACAUUUUCGGAAUUUAUAUGAAAGUUAAUUGUCCUCCAAAGAUUAAUACUGAUUGGGUUUCCUAAUUUAAAAAAAUAAAAAUAUUACAUUACAAAUUUUCAGAGAAGUUUUUUCACUACUGUACCAUGCACACUGAAAGGACAAUUAUUUAACAGUUGAUUAGAGCAGAACAGGAUUGCAGAUAAGAAGGUGAAGUCCGAGGAGCCGUUAAGUUAUUAGAGAUAAGUCGUUACAAGGUACUGGACAAGUGAGUGGUAACACAGAAUAAGUUCAAAUAACAAAAUAAAGAAUUUUUAGAAAUACUUUAAGUAACAUUUAAACCUAUGUUUUAUAGCCAGUUUUACACAGAGGACAUUCACUUUGUUUUAAUUAACAUUAAGUUUAAAUAUAAGAUUUUAAAAACAUUUUUCCAAUUAAUAUGGUUAUGACAGAAAAAAUAUAAAAUGUUUAAGGCUAAUUAUAUUACAUACAACAUUUCUUACGCCUUUUUGUUAUUGAUAGGUUAUAAGAUCAUUUAUACAAGCCAAAAUGAUUACACUAAUAAUCUGAAUUAUGAGAGACAUUGCUCAAAUUAAGAGAAAUGAUUCACAUGUGAGUUUUUGUUUAGUAAAAAAAAUAAUGUUUUCAAUCUCAACUAAAAUAUAAGUAAAAACAGGAUACAAAAACUAACACAAUUUGGAAUUUACAUGAAAAGUAUGUGUUAAAGUGAAGUUAACACAUAAUUAAUAUGGUGGGAGUACCUGAAGUCAUUUCCCUUUUAUUGCUAUUGUGAAAUACUUUUUUCAUUAUGUUUUAGUUUGUCUUAAGUUGUUGAAGAAAUGACGAUGAUAUUAUUUUUAUUAAUCAUUAGUAUUUUAGUAGCAAUAAUUUUGCUUUAUUACUCAAAUAGAGUUAUAUUUGUAUGAUUUAAUACUAAAUUUGCUAGUUUUACCACCUUAUUUAUUGUUUGCAUUAAAUAGUUGAUUGGACUUGUUAUAAAGUGUAUAAUACAUGAAAGCAAGACAUUUAUAAUCAUUUUGUUAAUUUACUAUAAUUAUUGUGUUGUUAAUUAUUAUUGUAAAUAACCGAUUUGAUUGUCGUGUAAUCGUGCUUUUUGUUUGGUGUGUUUUUUAAAGAUUAUUUUCUAAGUUUGUAAAUAAUUCUCAAUGAAUUUAUCUUUGGCUGUUUUAGUUAAGACUCUCAUUGUAAAAAGUUUUUGUUUCCAUCGUCAGCAUGUUGGCCUAAAUAAACUAUCGCUUUUAGCCCAAAUGGCAUUUUUCAAUUAUUGUAUUAAAAUAUCCAACAAGACAUUGUAUAAUAAUUUUGAGGAAUGUGUUAUCCUUUUCAAAUUAAUUUCAAUAAAGAAAUGUAUGCUGGAACCUAGGUCAAAUAAAAGACUAGAUGGUGUUUAUCACUGUAUUACAAAUAAAUGAUUUUUAUUUCUUGUU